AGCAAAGUGAGACAUGUUCGCGGGAACACUGACCACCCUCGGGAACAUUCGCGAUCAACGAGUCUUGUGAAGCAGGUUUGGAAGUACGGUGAGCACUUGUUCUUUUCAUUUUACUUGGAGCCAUGACAAAGCGUGGCGGCGGAGACAAAGAGUUGCAAGCCGUGCAGCAGUUGCCAAAGACGUUCUCGCUUGACAAUCCAGGAGAUGGACUGCAUGGUUCCUGGAAGUCUGAGAAAGGCAAGUGCACCAUCGGUAAAGAUCCCGUCACAGCUCGUCUCUCCUAUACUGAGCCAGUGGGCGAAGAGCGAGUGCAUGGAUGGCUGGAUCCAGUUUCCGGUGAGGAGUCGCUCUGGCACGGCACCCUUGUGUUGCUGAAGGCCGGUGAAGGGCCAUGGUAUGGCCCUUCCUUUGGACCGCCACCAGAGGUGGUGGGUGAUAUUAAUGUGAGACUCUUGAAGGGUGAUAAGCCAGGAAUGGAGACGCAGAUUCGCAUGCAAGAUGAGGAGGAGUGGUCAGAACUGACCAAGUUUGAACUGGAGGAGGGGGCUGAAGAAAAGCCAAUGCCCAAGCCUGAUCUAAGCAAUUUGCUCCCGAUGGAAGAGCGAAGCGAGUCUCGCGAGACAUAGCCUCCUCGGGGCAAAAGCAUCGCAAUUUGAGUUCUUGUUCUCAUUUGAACAGUUGACUAGUCGCGCUAUGUUGAGCUUCUGUUGUGACCCGGUAUG